AUGGACCCCAUAGCGGCUGUUGAAGCGGAAAUCGUCAAAGUUGCGGAUGAAAUACAAGCCGUUGGUGCAGCGAUAGCGGCUUGUACAGAUAAGGAUACAUUAGACUUCCUAUGGAAGAAAAAGUUGCUCCUGCGUAAGGAGAAGGAGCAGCUGCGUAAGGAGAAAGAACAGUUACGCGAGGAAAAGCUAAUUUUGCUUCGCAAAGAUACGGAUGCGACGCGCGCUGACAAACCCAAGUCCUUCUCAUCAGUGGCCUUGACGGAGGCUGAGCUGGUUUUGCACACCAUCGGCAUCAGGCAGUGUGAUGGCAGGCGCGUGGCAAAUGCGGAACUGCAGGUUCCCCCUGGCACGGCCAUCUGCGAUGAAUUCGACGUUACACCAUACCGGUCUGAGGAUGAAGCUACACCGCGGCUCCUGCAGCACCACCAGGAGCAGCUGGAGCGCCUGGGAGUAAAAUUUGAUGUGCUAGGCGGCUUCCAAAUGUUUGACGUGCACAAUCGCACGUCUGAUUCCCUGACAAUCUACUGUGGUGGCCAAACCUAUCGUGGCAUUUUCGACGGCUGUGUAGCACCAUAUGGCCUGAUGGGCUUCGGUUCCCUGGAACAGAGCCGUAUCAUAUACGAGCACAAAAGGCAACCACAGAAGCAAUCGGCUAAGGCCCAGGGAAUCAUGAAACUGCUGGCUGCUAACGCCUAUGGGCCAUGUCCAGUGAUGCUGGAUGUGACGGAUGGCAACACGCACGAUGUGUACACCAUUCGUGGGAAGCGGCUCAUCACUUGGGCUGGGCUGGACCCAACACAGGCCUACUACCUGCAGGCGCAGCACCUCCAGGCUAAUGAGAAACGCGCGCUUUGGUCGCUAGAGCUGGAGGAGAUUCCGGAGGAGGAGCAGGUGUGGAUGCGAAAACUGCACGAACUGCGCCCUGUUUCGGGCCUGAAGGAGCAGCUGGACUCGAUCAUUCCCUUCCUGCCUCCGGAGGAGCGUAUACACAACCGGAGCUUGUCCCUGACCGCUUUCCAACCUACAUCAGCUGAACUGGGGUUGGAAAUCGCUGCAUUCAACAUUAAUCGGGUUCGGCGUAAUGAAAUUGACCUUCCCCUGGUCAUCCAGUUCCGGGUGCAGCUCCGGGAAGUGUCCAAGGCGCCUAAGAACCUUAAGAUCAUGGCAUCCCAGACGCUCUGCCACUCCGGGCCCUGUCCCAACCCUGAAGGCUGUUCUGCGGAGGUCAGCGUGCGCUGCUCCUGUCCCAACAAGCACCGUGCCAAGUGGAAGUGCUCGAAGUUGCAGGCUGCGUUAGAGUGCGCCGGCCAGCCACUAACGUACGACGACGUGCAGGCGCUGCGGCUGCUACUGUGUGAUGCGGAGUGCGAGCUUCUUAAAGGCCAAGGUCGCCACCUCAGUUCAAAAGCCAAGGUCACUGCCAACGGGCCAGCACCUUCCACCAGCAUGACCGUGCCGUGCAGCAUGGAGUCUCUGUCCUAUGGAGCAUGA